AUGAGUUGGUGGAACGAUUUCUCCACACACCGCAACAAUGGUGUUGUGGAUGGGUCGCCGCGGCAGCGACGGCAUCAAUCUUCCGAUAUCUUCUCACUACGGAAGAUGGUUACGCACGACACUGUUGAUCACCAUGUGCACCGUGCGAGCAGCGCCAGUACCCAGAAUAGGAGCGUCUACAUAGGCAAGACAAACCUUAGCGGCGCCGGCGUCGGUGGCGGCUUCGCCUCACAUGAGCCAACCUGGGAGACAUCGGACCACUGUAGCGACGCCGGCUCUCUGUGGCAAACAACGACGAGCGUUGGCAGCGCAACGAGGUCGGAUCAGCUUGACGUGUCGGAUGCCUUGUCUGCAUGGGCCUUGCCGUCCCUGGAGGAGGAGCAGGAGGAACAGUCACCAGCACGGGAACCUCUUCCGCCACUCUUGCUAUUCCCUCCGGCGCACGCUGUGAACGGCGUUCAGUCCUCCUUCACAAUGGGUGACCGACGUGUCUCUGGCUCAAACAGCAGCAGCAGCAACAGCAGCGGCGUCUACAGCAACGGCGGGUCCAUCGCUGUUCCUAGCUUUACAACAGACUACUACGAGCCAUCCUUUAUGAGCGGAACGGGUGGUGUCAACGCCAGCGCUGCCACGUACACUCACGGCGGCCAUGUUCUAAGCAGCACAAACACAAUCGAUGACAUUACAAGCGUAGUCAGCGGCAGCAUUGAUGACGCCGACGAGGACAUCCUUUAUGACGAGAUGGCCGUCAGCACCAUAUCGAGCCUCAUCGCAGCUCUUCAGGUGCGUGGCGCAACCAACCUGGCUGGAGGUGACGCACUCGAUGUUGAGGAUGACGAAGUGAAGAACGCUGGGGGCCCUAGUCAACACCAACAUGAGUCGUCCGCAUGCGACUUGCACACUCAAGCAGACACCGGCAGGAAUGUUGACAUAACCGUGAACUCUGCCGCAUCUAUGCAGCAACUGAAGGUGGGUCUCACUACUAUGAGCUCGAGCUCAGGGGCUGUUUUUCAGGACCCCAGCGCCAGCUUUCCCCUGAUUGCCAGUCUCAACACCACGCAAAGCAGCAGCUGGCGUCACAGCAGCAACGUAUACAACGAUAGUACUAGCGGCAGCGCCGUCGGUCACAAUGCGAGCUGCAGCAGCGGUCUCUACGAGGCUUCACUGGGAGAGGCACCAUCUGGUACCGUUGCCAGCGCGAGUGGGCGCGCGGGAUCAGGAGCAAGUCCGCGUCACCACGGAAGCGAGAUGGUUCCUCUGCGACUCACCCCGUCCGUGCUGCACAACGUCCUCGCUAGCUUCCAGUCUGCGUUGGUGGAGCGCUCCAGCGACGUGAAGCUGCCGAGUUCUAUUGGCGACCUCUUCAGCACGUCAGGAUGGGGCACCAGCUCACAAAACGGCAGUAGUAGUAGCGGUGCUGCGGGCGGCAGCCGACCGUACCGCUACGACUCUCCGACGACGCAAGAGGAGUGGGGCUCGCAAGCCUCGACUUCUCCUGCGACCGCUGGGGUCUCUGUCGCGGCAACGGCGUGCGGCAACAAGGGCGAUGUGUUAGCCGUGUUGGAUGCUCCUGCCAUGACCCGUAACGGCAGCCCAAUGAUGCGUGGUCGUGUCAACUCUGUUGUGGCACACAAGCUCAACCUCGAUGUGGCUGCGCGCCGCGCGCAGCUGCAGGACUUGCGCGGCAGCGGUUGCAUCCCGCCUGCUGCAGCGAAUAUUGACUGCACAUGCACCUCCGAUAUCCACACCCCGACGCUCUCUGCUCAUGGCCGACUGUGCGUACCGCAGCACGUACACACGCAGGAACUGGCAGCCUCGUCUGACUCGAGUGUGGACCACGUCUUCGCACACACUGUCUCAUCCGUACCGGGUAUGCUGCUGGGUCGCCACGAGCGAGGGUCGGGUUUGGCGACAGCAGAGGGCUUUGCGACGCUGCAUCACCACACGCGGACGACGAGCGAGGUGUCGCUGCCAGCAGCGGCCGCCACAUACCACGGCGGCAGUGCCCUGCAGCAGCGCAUUGACGACCGUGGAUGCAUUGCGGUGGUCGAUCCCCAGCGGCGCAAGCUGCACGUGCCACUGUCCGCCAUCCAAACGACAAAGGCACUGAACGGCCGCCUAAAAACGCCAUCGCUUUGCCUGCUCUAUCAGUCAGGCCGCUGUCGGCAAGGCGACAACUGCUACCAAGUGCACAUCGACACAGCCACGGUGGAGCGACUGCGCGUCGACGUGAAAAGUAUGCCGUGCUGCUGUUUUCAUCACGGGGACUGCAACAGCCACCGGAUGGACUGCGCCGCAUACGAAGGGCGUUCUUUGGAGAUUGCCGGACAGUUUUCAGUCCCUCUGGCCCGCGUCGCCUACACGGCCGGCUUGCAGCGGGUGCUGCAAGACCAGCAGAUGUGCGCACCAGUGAACCCAUCCGUGCUGUGCCGCCUGCAUGGGCAACCGAGUGGGUGUCGCUUCGGGGCGGACUGCAGGUUUGUGCACAUCUGCUGCUUGAUCCUACAAAAUGAGCUGGCCAGCAUCAUGGCGAACGCUGUGGCUACCUGGGCAGCAUCGUCCACCCUGGCAGCUGCCCAGCAGCAGCAGCAGCAGCAGCAGUCGCGGCCGGGCAACGGGCCGUCGCUCUUUGUGGACUUGAUGCACAGCGGGCUUAUUCCAUCAUCAUCUGGGACGAUGCACGGCGGAGCCAACGCGGCCAUGCUGAGUUUCAACGACGCUGCCUCCUCCGCCAUCUCUGGCAUGGACUGUUCUCCAUCCCAGGUGCCUCAGGUGAUCCCCGUCACUACCACCGCUGCGUCGAGCGCCUUUGCGAGCCGCGUGCCUCCCUCGUCUCAGCAGCAGAAGUCUUCUACCCCCUCCUCGGUAACUGUGCAGCCACUUCCCUGCGCUGGCACAUUUUUAGGUUCGUCCGCUGGCACCCACUACACGCUUACUACGCUGCAGCCGCAAGUCUCACAAGUUCAGACACCUGCCGGUAGGCCUUCCCCACUGCAAGCCUCUGUGCCUGGAUCGCCGGCGUCAGUGUGCCACGCCCACAUGCAUACCCUCAGCACACAGAGCAAUGGCAGCUACCAGUCCUACGGGGGUCCUACACUCAAGCAGACGCCGAGCCAUAGCGAGGUAGCAUCACCCAUGAGCAUGGGACUGCUCAUGUCGCGCAGCUUGACUACUUUCCCGGCGACCACAACAGCAAUGAGUAGUGGCAGCGGCGGUGCCUUCCCAUCCUUGGCGCAAAGCCAGCUCCAUCACCAAGCAACACCUCCGCAGCGCUACCAAUCCUCUGCGUUGGCGCAGCAGGAGCCGCAACUCCUGCACCUUCCGCAACUCAGUCAACUGUCCACCUCUCAGCAGAUUUACGUCCAGCAAAUGAGCGCGGACGGCAGCGUCUCCGUUGUUCCCAUCACUGUCAUGCAGGACUUUGGCGGUGGCGGGUUGUAA